AUGAGAAUUCAAAAACCCGUAAGACUAGGAAAGAGAAGAAAGAUGCACGCUGCCCCUGAGCAUCCACGACAAGGCGUGUUGAUAGAUGAACGGUUUGGCAAUGACCUACCACAGGCUCCACAAGGGGUCUUUUUCCUUGUAGAAGUUUACACAGAGGAGGCUGGUAUAAGCCCGAAUACGGUCCAGGAGCCGGACGAAGAACGGAGAGUGGAGACGUCAGGGGUCCAGAUCGAAGAGAUCAGCAGUGUAGAAGAGAACGACGUGGAAAUGACGGACGUGUGA